AUGGGCGGCAUCGUCUCGUCCAAGAAGGACAAGGGUGCUAAGGCCAAGGACGGCAGCUCUGGCAAAAAGGCGGAGGAUCUGCCCAAGAAGGACGUGGUCCUUUGCGCCCCAAAGGGUGCCAGCGAAUUCGAUUUCUACGACAUGGAUAAGAAGAAGAUCGGCGAGGGGUCCUAUGGCUCUGUCAGCAAGGGCAAAAACAAACGCAUUCCUGGCAUGGAACGCGCCAUUAAGACGAUCUCCAAGGCCCAGAUGAAGAACGCCGACAGGUUCCGCCAGGAGAUCGCGAUCAUGAAGAUGAUGGACCACCCGAACAUCAUCAAGCUCCACGAGACGUUCGAGGACCAUCGCAACAUCUACCUUGUCAUGGAGCUCUGCAAGGGAGGGGAGCUGUUUGACCGCAUCAUCGAGGCUGGGAGCUUCAACGAGUCCCAGGCAGCAACUCUCAUGCAACAGAUCAUUCGGGCGAUCUACUACAUGCAUGAAAACAGCAUCUGCCAUCGCGACUUAAAGCCCGAAAAUUUCCUCUUCAUGACCAAGGAUCCGAUUUCAAAGAACCUGUUGAAGAUCAUUGACUUCGGCCUCUCCUGCGAAUUCAAGCCAGGCCAGGUCUUGACGACGAAGGCUGGCACGCCCUACUACGUGGCGCCGCAGGUGCUCGCGGGCAAGUACGACCACAUGAGCGAUUUGUGGAGCUGCGGGGUCAUAAUGUUUGUGUUGCUCUGCGGCUACCCUCCCUUCUUCGGCGACACGGAUGCGGAGGUGCUGUCCAAGGUCCGGCUUGGGAACUUCACCUUCAACGCAGCCGAUUGGAAGAACGUGUCGGAAGACGCCAAAGGCCUCAUCCGGUGUCUCCUCAAGAUGAAUCCUAAGGACCGGUAUACUGCCCAGCAGUGCAUGAAUCAUGUGUGGAUCAAGGAGAAGGCUCCCAAGGCCAAGAACGCUCCGAUCUCGAACAACUUCGUCGAUAACCUCCGUGGAUUCCGCUCGCAGAACAAGCUCAAGAAGGCGGCCCUCCACAUCAUCGCGGGCGAGCUCUCUGACAGCCAGAUCAAGAAUCUGCGCGAGACUUUCCAAGCACUCGAUAAUAACGGAGAUGGUUUGCUGACGUCAGCGGAGAUGAAGGAUGGGUUGGAAAAAGCGGGGCUGAAGGAUAUCCCCGCAGAUUUGCAGGACAUCAUGAAGAACGUGGAUGCGGACGGAAGCGGCGUGAUCGACUACACGGAGUUCUUGGCGGCCACGCUCGACAAGAAGCUGUACAUGGCUGAGGACAUGUGCUGGAGGGCCUUUGCGCGUUUUGACCAGAACGGCGAUGGCAAGAUCUCUGUCCAGGAGCUCGCAGAGGUCUUGAAGGACAGCGACGUCAGCAACUUGGUCGGUGGGCAGUCCGCGCAGGACUCGGGGAAGCUAAGACUCCAGGGGUAG